AUGUGUUGCCAAGGUCUUCUUCUGGUCCAAAAAAUCUCAGAACUUUACCACAAAAUCUCCACUCUUGAAAGCCUCAAACCCUCUAAAGAUGUCAACUCUCUCUUCACUCAACUAGUCCUCAUUUGCAGCCCUCCCCCGUCUUCUCCGUCGUCCAUCGACGUCUCGACACUCUGCUCCGCCGUCCAAACCAUGAGAUCCCAUCUCAUCAAGCUCUGCGGCGAGGCCGAGGCCCUUCUCGAGCAUCAUUACUCCACCAUUUUAGCUUCCCACCAAAACCCACUUGACCAUCUCUCCCUUUUCCCUUAUUACUCCAACUACCUCAAACUAACCCACCUUGAAUUCUCCAUUUUGAACCACCACGCGCCCCACGCGCCACCCUCCAAGGUGGCCUUUGUUGGCUCCGGUGCACUUCCGUUCUCGUCGAUUAUCAUGGCCUUGAAGUACCUCCCCAAAACUGAGUUACACAACUUCGACAUCGACCCAUCUGCCAAUGCCAAAGCAGCAAUGCUGGUUGCUGGCGAUGCGGAGCUGUCGAAGCGGAUGGUGUUCCACACGACCGACAUCAUGGACGUUGCCUCGGACGAGUUGAGGGAGUUUGAGGUGGUGUUCUUGGCAGCAUUGGUGGGGAUGGAGAGAGAAGAGAAGGUGAAGGUGAUCGAGCAUUUGAGGAAGAGCAUGGGCGGCGGUGCGUUGUUGAUGUUGAGGAGCGCGUAUGGUGCACGUGCGUUUCUUUAUCCGGUGGUGGAAGCUUGUGAUCUUCGAGGAUUUGAGAUUCUUACAGUGUUUCAUCCCACGGAUGAAGUUAUUAAUUCAAUUGUGUUGGCGCGAUUAUAA